CUGUGAUCGGCUAAGUCGGACUCAUUGCUGGUCACAUGACUGCCUGCUCUCGUCAGCUGAUCAGAGUGCUGCUGUGCUAGUGUACACACAGUGGGAGAAUGCUUUGCCGUGUAUUACGCGGCUGGGCUGCAGAGCUCCGGAAAGCUCCCUAUAGUUACACAGGCAGCCGGGCGGUGUCGGUGUCGGUGAGCCCCCAGGCUGGCUUUGCAGACGAGAAGUUGCAGAUCACAGUACAGGGGCUGAGCGCGCGGGAAGCGGUGACAGUGAGGGCUCUGGUGGAGGAGGACAGCUGCCUGUAUGACUCCUGUGCACACUAUGAGGCUGAUCACUUCGGCAGAGUGCAUCUGCACAGGGAGCCUUCUCUUGGGGGUGACUAUACAGGGGUGCUGCCCAUGGGCCUCCUCUGGAGCCUGGCUCCCUCUGUCAUGGAAAAGCCCUACCAGAGACUGGAACAGAGAAGUGUGCACAAGUCUCCUAUGGGGAUUGAUCUGUUGGUACAUAAGGGGCACAUGAGCCCUAGAGCUAUACCAAAGGAUGUGGUAGCUAGAACUAAAAUCCAGAGAUGGUUCUGUGCCCCUGGAGUGCGAAGGAUCAGACUGAGAGAAGGAGCAGUCAGAGGCAGCCUGUUUCUACCUCCAGGUGAGGGCUCCUUUCCUGGAGUGAUUGACAUGUUUGGGGAUGAUGGUGGCAUGGUAGAAUAUCGUUCCAGCCUGCUAGCCAGCCGUGGUUUCGCAUCUCUCGCAUUACCGUAUUUUGCCUUUGAAGACCUUCCACCUACAAUGACUGAAUUUCAUCUGGAGUAUUUUGAGGAAGCUGCUAACUUUUUGUCUCGGCACCCCAAAGUGCGAGGGCCUGGCAUUGGUGUAAUUGGGACUGGAAAAGGGGCGGAUCUGGCUCUUUCUAUGAUUACUUUUUUGCCCCAGGUGGUUGCUGCAGUUAGUGUCUCCGGCUGCUGCUCCAACACAGCUGCCAACUUGAACUACAAAGAUUUCACCAUCCCAGGUCUGAGAUACAACAUGAGCCGAAUCAGAAUUUCGGAAACAGGAGUGUUCGAUGUCUCUGAGGCUCUUGAUGAUCCCCUGGAUCCAGUUAAUAGCCAGAGCCUCAUCCCAAUAGAGAGAGCCCAAGGUUCAUUCCUGUUUAUUGUAGGAGAAAAUGACCUUAACUGGAAGAGUUCUGUCUACGCAAAAGCAGCCAUACAGCGCUUACAGGAAAACGGAAAGACUCAGUUUAGCCUGCUUUCUUACCCUGGUGCUGGGCAUAGGAUAGACCCGCCAUGCACGCCUUUCUGUCCAGCUGCCAUCGAUAGAGUUCUAGGAGUGCCUAUUUUAGGAGGUGGAGAGAUGAAAGCUCACUGUCAGGCUCAGGAGGAUUCCUGGCAAGAAAUACAAGACUUCUUUUACUUGCACCUAACAUAAGAUGCAAAAAGAAGGAAUCCGUCUGUUGCUGUCAGUAGGGAGAAGUUCCUCUAUGAGCGAGUACUGUUUCUUCUUUCCAAGCUGUGGAUAUUAUAGUUGCUAUGUGCAAAGUGCCACACAAUUGUACGCUAUACCCUAAAUCAUUUUAGCAAGUUAAAUCAAUAUACUUUACAUAAUUACGUUUUAAAUUUAUUAGUGUAAGACUAUACAGUGUUUGGUUACUCCAGUAUGUGUAACACCUUCAGUCUUCCUUUAACAGUUUAUACUGGUUCAGUCUAAUUGGUUGACAUGAGUGCAACUGCAAUAGCUUAGUAUGUUGACAUGAUUAUAUUGAAAAAAAACAGUCACAGUGGUGCAGCAAUCCGUUACUAAACCCUCCCUCUACUGCCUAACCCUAACCCUCCCCCAAGUGCCUAACCCUAACCUACUGUCAAGCCCUAACCCUCCCCCAAGUGCCUAACCCUCCCCUACUGUCAAGCCCUAACCCUCCUCCAAGUGCCUAACUCUACCCUCUCCUGCAGCCUAACCAUUUCGUUCCCCCUUAGCAGAGGCAAAUGCAGGAUUUGGUAAGGGGGGUUUCCAUAUACAUACAUAUAUAAACAAACAAAUAUACAUAUAUAUUUAUAAAUAACUCCAUUCAGCCACAUUAUGAUGCCCAGGUGCCCUCCACACCAAAAAUAAUUAUAUUUAGAUUUUGGAAACACUAGAGGCAAUCACAGGGCUUGUUAAUGUAUAGAAAAUGCUACUUGCUCCACUCAUUUACUUAAUAUAUAUAUAAUCUCUGUGGAAAGUUCUACAAAUAAAAGAACUGGAGUAAAAGAGUGCUGCAAUUAGCAAUUUUUAUAUAUUAAGUGCCAUGAAUGCCACCAGCCUGUAGUUUAUAUAUACAGUACCAAUGAGCCUGUAGUAUAGGAAGGAUAUACCUGUAGUAUAUAUACAUUAUAUAUACACAGAUCUCGCUUUGCUGUGCUGCAGGAAGAAGCAGCAAAGGUUGGGCACGCUGUAGUAUUAGGUGUAUGGAUUGCGCAAAUUUAGUCCUAAAUGGUUACAUAAAAUAGAAGAGCUUUACUUCCCUUAUAGUUCUUUAUGGGGAAUAACUUCUCAGAUAUCACCUUGUAUUUGAAUUAGAACUGAAAGAAAUAUAAUGACACAAUAGUGCAGACAUCCAAUUCAACAAAAAAAACAGAAUGGUUCUUUGUGUACCACACUCACAAUAUGUCAAUGAGUAGCAAGCAUAUAGUAAGUUUCAGCUUGAGGGAUUCUUCUGAUAUCCACCUGAACUUCAGGCUGAAACAGAAUAAGGCAAAACAAUAGUGCAGAUUUCCCAUUCAAGGAAAAGAUUUUUUAAUAAAAAAUGCACUCACAAACAAAAGAAAUUUAAAAGCAUGUAGUAACACUGGUGCUAGAGAUGGCUGUAUACUCAUCGAUCCAGAAAGCCCACAGAGUUCCGGAUACUCCUAAGCGCAAAUUCAGGAUCAAUCCUAUGCCUCAGUCCACCAGGUAGAAAAGAAGCCACACCGCUUAAUGCAUUUCGAACCUCACUGGGUUCUUCCUCAGAAGCGAAACAAGGGGCGGGGCUUCGAUUGCCGCGAGUGGCAGGUAGCUGUUUUAAAGAAAAUCGGCCUGUCGAGGGUUUCUGGUUACUCAGAACCCCCCCCCCCCCUGCGUGCGCUAGUGUCUCUCUCCUAAUGCCUAACCCAUCUCCUACUGCCAAUCCCUAUUCCUCCCCCUAGUCCCUAAUCCUUCUACUGCCAAACCCUAACGCUCCCACUAGUGCCUAACCCUAAAGGUGCCCAUACACCUAAAGAUUUCUCUUCCAAUCUGGUUGGUUGGAACAAAAAUCUGGUAAGGGAUCGGAGCAAAUGACAGUUGACCAUUUUAAAUGGUCAACUGUCAUUUGCUUCUAUCCAUGUCAUUUGCUCCCAUCCCUUACCAGAUUUUUGUGCCAGCCAGCCAGAUUGGAAGAUAAAUCUUUUGGUGUAUGGGCACCUUAACCCUCCUACUGCCAAACCCUUAACUCACCUCCCACAGCAUAACCCUAUCCCUCCCCCAGAAAAAAUAACUGAAACAAGGCAUAAAAGUAUUAUAAAUAUGCAUUCUAUCACUUUAAAACAUUUGAUCUAAUUUCUGUAAUUAGCAACAAAUAUUUAAUAUUCGCAGAAUGUUAGGAAAUCUACAUCAAAUUGAUGCAUUCUUAGAGGACUCAAUACGUGUCCUAGUAACAUACUUUCCUUAUUAAUCCCAAUUGGCCUACAAACCUCUACAGGUGUAUUGGUUAUUCCUGGUAACCGCUAUGAUGGAGACAAAUGUAAUAGCCACAGAUUUGCUGAAAGUCCCGAUUUUUCUGCAAUUUGAUUUAAAAUAGCAAUUUUUUUUAUGGCAAAACCAGGUUGAUUGAGUCUUUACAAGAAUUGCUGCUUUAAAUCCUGCAGCAAAAUGAAAGACUAUUGAUAUUUGGGUGCUUUACCUCCAUGGCAUGUGAUGCUCAUUCAUUUUAUUGCCAACUGGACAGAAAGAAUCUCUCAGAAUGCUCUCCCCAGGCCGAUUCAGUCAUGUUGUGGGACGUCUACCUAUGGAGAUCAAAAAUCCACAGCCCUAUAGAGACACUGACGAAAUUUUGUGGUAAUGUGAAUACUUUUUUGGGGGGGAUGGUUUAUAUUCUAUAUCUAAUGCAUUGUUUAUUGCAUUUGCUCAUAAUUAUUUAUUGAAUCAUUUGACUUCUACACCAUUUCAAGCAAAGUGAUAAAAAUGUAUCUUGGCUAAAUAACAUCAUGAUGCAGGGUAUCUCAGUUGACUCGGUUAACUCCAAAGGUGGCAUUUGGUUAAUUGUUAUGUGGCUGUUGCCAGUGGUGGAACAAACGAAAGUCACUGCAAGGGAUGCCACCGCAACAGGUCCUGGCUGACAAUUACGGGUAACCCUUCUGAGCCCCCUGCUCUACUCCCAGUCUGGGCUUUCAAGCACAUCAUUAGACCCACCCACAUAUUCUCAGAACAGGCUCCUGUUCUCUCAGACAAGCACUAUGGGAAUCUAUAUCAGCGACUCUGGACCCUCACCCGAGUUUUGCUGUGGAGCCUGGAAAUACGCCAAUUGGAUUGAAGCUAUUAGAAACAACCAUUUGUUGCAGAGUCAUACUUUUGUUUCCAUGGUUACAGAGGUAGCCAAGAAUUGCAGAGGCAUCCAUCUGUUUCCAUGGUUACAGAGGUUGUCAAGAAGUGCAGAGGCAUUCAUCUAUUUCCAUGGUUACAGAGGUUGCCAAGAAGUACAGAGGCAUCCAUCUGUUUCCAUGGUUACAGAGGUUGCCAAGAAUUGCAGAGGCAUCAUCUGUUUCCAUGGUUACAGAGGUUGUCAAGAAGUGCAGAGGCAUCCAUCUGUUUCCAUGGUUACAGAGGUUGCCAAGAAGUACAGAGGCAUCCAUCUGUUUCCAUGGUUACAGAGGUUGGCAAGAAUUGCAGAGGCAUUCAUCUGUUUCCAUGGUUACAGAGGUUGUCAAGAAGUACAGAGGCAUCCAUCUGUUUCCAUGGUUACAGAGGUUGGCAAGAAUUGCAGAGGCAUCCAUCUGUUUCCAUGGUUACAGAGGUUGCCAAGAAGUGCAGAGGUAUCCAUUUGUUUUCAUGGUUACAGAGGUUGCCAAGAAGUGACUGAUAUGUUUGAGUGGAGUCACCCUUUAAAGAACCAGUUUGCAACAAAUUUUGUUUCUAUUAAAUAUAUCCAUACACAAAAUGUGUAAUGUAUUUCUGAGCCAUGAUAAUGUUCUGGUACAAAUAUUUUUUUUACGUUUCAAACACAUGUACAAUUAAUGUAAUAUGGCAUAUUUCUAUACUGUUGCUUGCACAUUCUAAGCAACUUUAUAUUAAUUUACUUGGCUAUUUUAAAAUUGUCAGAAUAGAAAAUCAAAUCUAGACUUGCCCAAUAUAACAUUCUCAGGAACAAGCCUGAUUUAGCAGUGGAGGAGUGGGACUCUUUGCUGUCCCCCAUCCUUCCCCGUCCCACACACACACUCCUCGCCCCAAGGAGAUGAGCUAGAGUACGUACCAGCUCAUCUCCUGGGUAGAAGAAAUGCAAACAGUGCCAUGUUCAUUUCUAAUACAAGGCACUGAUUAAAUACUCCUGUGCAG